GGAACAGACCCGGAGCCCCUAACCCUCCUUCCUCCUCCCCGAACCCCGAGCUCGCUCCCAGAGAACCCCCACCGAUUCCGCCGGCGAGACUCCUGUCCGGGAGACGCCGAUCUAGAAUGGCGGCCAACUUCUGGGCGUCGUCGCACAGCAAGCAGCUGCUGGACCCGGAGGAGGUGGACGUGGUGCCGGCGGCGGACCGGGAGCGGGGCAUCACGCCCGUGGAGUUCCGCCUCGUCAAGAUCCACAUGUCCUUCCAUAUAUGGCGGUUGGCCCAGCAGGUCAAAGUUAGACAAAGACCUAUCUGGAAUUAUCUCAUGAUGCUGACGAUCUUAAAUCAUUGUUAUCUCAGAGUCAUAGCUACUGCAAUCACGUACUUCAGGCGUGUCUACACAAGAAAGAGCAUGACAGAGUAUGAUCCUCGUUUGGUAGCACCAGCUUGUUUGUAUUUGGCGUCAAAGGUUGAGGAAAGCACAGUGCAAGCAAGGCUGCUUGUAUUUUACAUCAAGAAGAUGUGUGGUUCUGAUGAUAAGUACCGAUUUGAAAUCAAAGAUAUCCUUGAAAUGGAAAUGAAGCUCCUGGAAGCACUCGACUAUUAUUUGGUUGUUUACCAUCCAUACCGCCCUCUUCUACAGUUAUUGCAGGAUGCUGGCAUAACAGAUCUGACACAAUUUGCCUGGGGUCUUGUCAAUGAUACAUACAAGAUGGAUCUUAUUCUCAUAUAUCCUCCCUAUAUGAUCGCACUGGCCUGCAUAUACAUCGCAAGCGUUCUUAAAGAUAAGGACACGACUUCAUGGUUUGAAGAACUCCGUGUUGACAUGAACAUUGUUAAGAAUAUCUCGAUGGAAAUCUUGGACUUCUACGACACCUACAAGAUUGAUCCUCAAAGGGGCCUCCAGGAGGACAAGAUCAUCCCUGUGAUGAACAAGUUACCAUCCAAGGCCUAAAGGUCAAUUUGACACCUGACCGUUUAACCAACUUACACCGCGUGUGUGGAGUGCGUAACCCUGUAAACCCUGAACAUAUUCGAGCACAAGAUUCAGGGAAUGCCCUGGGACUUGGGAGGGCAUCAGUUUGGUAGUCGAUUAGGCCCAAGUUAUUUUCGCGAUGUUGAUCCCAACAUAGGGGUAGUCUGCAAUGCUUGGUAUCCAGAGCUUUCUGUAUCAUACAAAACGCAAGUGGAAUUGUUUCAGUCUAAGCACUGUUUGUUGAGUUUU